GCUCAUGAUUCCGUUUUUCUCGCGGCCGUCAUGCAACGAGUCAUCGCGAAAUAUCACUUUCUCAACGUCGGGGCUGUGAUUACGGACAACACGCCCGCUAACAAGGCGAUGUGGGCGGACUUGCAGUCCAAGUUUCCGCACACUUUUUUUCACGGGUGCGUGUGUCAUGCCCUGCAUCUGCUGGUCAAGAACAUGGUGAAGAAGAUCAAGUGGCUGAAUCGACUUCAAGACGGCUGCAAGAAGCUUGUGAUCUUCUCUAAGAGCAACCAUAAGUUGUGG